ACCGAGCAGUGCGUCCACCUCAGAGCAUCCAGGAUGACAGGGAUUACUCUGGUGCUUUGCUUUCUGCUCUUUCCUCUCUAUGACACCCAAGAGCAUGCUGUCAACGAGCUGUACACGGUUAUAGAGAAGGGUCAGGACAGUUUUGUGGACCCUGUUCAAAACAACCAGAGCAGGCUCCAGCUUAAGGAGCCCUCCUUACCCAUCAAUGAGCUCCUGGAGAAAAGCAGCAAAAUUGAGUCUAAAUUUAGCCUCCAUCCUCUACCCUCCGCUGUAUGGCCCAAGCACAGUGACCUCGGCCCCAUUCCCCGCCACCACAACAAGAGCAAAAAGGGCCCCAAAAGCGACCGUUUGACCGAACACAACAGCGAGAAAAGCAGAGGAGAAUCCGUGGGUCUGCUCCCCAAAAUCCUGCUGACGGGAGCAGCAGGUUCCUCCUCCAACCGCACGGCACAGAAAGCCCACCAGGACUCCCAGCCCCACAUCCCCCCGCCUCAGCAGGGGGAGGCCGAGGGACACCCCAACGCCAGGCCCAGGGCCCCGGCCCACGCCCAGCCCCAGGCCCAGCCCCAGCAGCCCGCCGCCUCUCCGCGCAGAGAUCCCCCAAACCGGAGGCAGGACCCCGAGGAGAACCGGCCCGGAAAGUCCAGCCUCUACCAGUCUGGAAUCAGCCCGGGGACCUGGAACAACAGCCGCCCACCGGUAGUCUUCAACCGGCGCUCCUCCAGCCUGCUCUUCCAGUUCGACAUCCUGAGACGAGAGUCUGACUUUACCCACGAUGCCUUCUGCAUGAGUGAGUGCAGGAAGGAGAAGGAUGAGAGGGAAUAUUACUGCUACAGCGAGUUUGCUGUCAACGGGAUUGUCCAUGACAUUGAAGUGGUGCGUAAAGGAAUCCGGCUCAUCACGCUGAUGGUCAGCAGCGAUGGCUUCUACAAGAUGAGCCGUCUGUACGUGACGCCCGACAGCUUUUUCUUUAAAGUGCGCCUGCUGGUCUUGGAUACCUUCAAGUGCAGCAAGCCCUGCCCUGACAUCAAGCUUGGCACCAGAUACAUUGUAAUGGGCCAGAUCUACCACCGGAGGCGCCACCUUCCCAGCGACCUGCUGAGCCUGUUGGGCAGCAAAUUGAAGCCCGGUGACGGCCUCCUACGAAGCAACAACUACGUCAAGAGGUUUAACAAAAGGAGACACCAGAGAGCUCUGGAGGCCACCCGCUCCAGGUGUAGGUGAACACACAGAGAUGGGACUGUCGCCCCCUGCUGCAGGGGAAGAGACAUUGCAGCUCACAUCAAGCGAUCCUAACUAACCCCUCCGUGCCGUGCAAGACAGAAGGACGUGAUGCAUACGCCAUGGAUGUCCUCUCACCUGGGCUCCCCUCACGUAUCAUAAUACUGGCUCGAUUUUUAUUCAAGUUCCCAAAGGGCUGAGCAGCGACGUUUUUCUUACAAUCACUUUCAAGUAAAUGGAUUUUUCUGGUUGAUAUAGAAAUAUCUAGGUCUGUCAAGUCCACACUAGCUAUUCAUUCAUGACUGGUUCCUAAGUUGAUCAUUUUCUUCUGCAGUAAAAUAUUUUGUUCAUUUAACCAAUCUUGGUUCCUUUUUUUUUUAUAUAUUACUACAAGUUUUGAACAUGAUUAGUGAUCAGGGAUGCUUCCAAAACAACAUCAUACCAAAACACUACAGUAGUAAUGCAUUUUUUUAUGUUUGCAUGCAUGAAAAUAGACCAUUAAAUGUUGGAAUCAAGGGUUUGAAAACCCAGCUACAAAUCAAAGAAGGGGGAGAGAAAAAGGGACACGGUGGCAGCAAAAGAUCUUUGCUGGUCAUGAGAGCAGCUUAUUUUCCAAACUUUAAUAAUGUGUCCUUGAUGAAAUGUUUGCCUGACGUGUAAAAUAGGGCCUUGCUGAAUGAGGAGCAAAAGGUGUGGUUUUGUGGGGAAUAAGCCACAUAUCUAAUCACAGCAACCCGAUCCUCUACACACCUGGACUCUAAAAGAAAGUUCCCCCGUCACGGCUCCUUUUGCUGUUUUCUUGCUUACGCACAAAAAUCAGUGAAGGCCAGCGCUCAGAUGGGGGUAUUUGAAAAAUGUAGGCAGGUUCACAAAAGAAGGGAGGUGGGAGUAAUGCGGAGGACAAAUAAAGGAGGUUAUGUAAAAUUAGGACAAGGCCUACAAUGUCUUUCUACAUGAAUAGCUCGACCCAAAAUCCCUGGCUUGAUUGUAGUAUCAUGUGAACUCAACAUGCUUCUUAUGAGAGGGAAAAGAUUUUUGCACUGAACUCUUGCAUUGCUUUUUACUUAACAUGAACUCAA